UUCCUGUAUCCUAUGCUAGUUUCUGCCAGCGAGUACAUACACAUACCACCAAAUGGAGUUUAAAUGACACGCGCUAUGAGGAAAAAGCCUGUGCCAAAUGCCAGGCAACACUGGAAUAAUGCAGCAGAAAAGGAACAUUCAGAUCAUAGAAUGGGAGGAUUUGGACAAACGCAAGUUCUACUCCUUUGGAGUGUUUAUGACUAUGACAAUCCGUGCCACUGUCUAUCCGGCUACGCUCAUCCGCACGAGGCUACAGGUCCAGAGAGGGAAGUCCCUUUACACCGGCACCUAUGACGCCUUCCGGAAGAUUCUGAGAGCAGAGGGGCUGAGGGGCCUUUACCGAGGUUUCAUGGUGAACACAUUCACGCUGAUCUCAGGUCAGGCGUACAUCACCACCUAUGAGCUGGUGAGGAAGUAUGUUUCCUACUACUCCAAAGACAAUACCGUGAAGUCUCUUGUGGCAGGGGGGUCGGCGUCUCUCGUUGCCCAGAGCAUCACUGUACCCAUAGAUGUCAUCUCUCAGCAGCUGAUGAUGCAGGGCCAGGGGGAACAUUUGACGCGGUUCAGGGUCAAACCCAGGGAGGUGUCAGGCACAAAGCACACAGUCACUUUUGGCCAGACCAGAGACGUUAUAGCACAGAUAUUUGCGGCAGACGGCAUCCGUGGGUUCUACAGAGGAUAUGUGGCAUCCCUCCUCACCUACAUCCCCAACAGUGCUGUCUGGUGGCCCUUCUAUCACUUCUAUGCAGAGCAGCUAUCCAAAAUGGCACCAAGUGACUGCCCUCAUCUGAUACUGCAAGCCAUGGCAGGACCACUCGCUGCAGCUACUGCAGCCACAGUCACCAAUCCAAUGGAUGUUGUUAGAGCCAGAGUACAGGUUGAAGGCAGGACCUCCAUCACUGAGACUUUUAAACAGUUAAUUGCAGAAGAAGGAUUCUGGGGUGUGACCAAAGGUCUCUCUGCCCGCAUCAUAUCGUCUGCACCCACAGCAAUAGUCAUGGUCGUCGGUUACGAGACACUGAAAAAGCUCAGUCUUCGCCCAGAGCUAGUGGACUCCAGGCACUGGUAGAUGACGUUGUCAUUUCAACAAUUGUUUCUGAUCCACACUGAUUCUCUUCUGUGUAUCUCAUUCAUAUUAUUUUAUUUUGCCUUUGUAAAACAUUGCUGCCUUGUGACAUUGCAGUGUGAUGUGGAGCCAUUUUACAAUACUGUGUUCUGCUCUAGUGAGGAUUUCAUUUUGCAGAAAUGAAAAGGUGAUUAUUAUCCUGUACAUAUUCAAUUAUGAGCUUUAAAUUUUGGGGGGGGGGAAAGUUUAGUGUAAUAUGUGUAUGAACAUCUGUGAAUGCACUGCUGCUCAGUAUUUUAUUUUGCUGAAACAAAACCCGUGUUUUAAGUGUUUUAAUUUAUUCUGAAGUAGAGUUGUCUGUACAUUUAAGCCAUGAACAGCUGGGCUUUUACCACUCUGUUGACAGUAAAACAGAUAAACAUGUUGACAAUGUGCAAAUGUGACACGAUUUCUCUGAAUACACGC